AAGUAAAAUGGGACUUCGCUGUUGUUGACACACCACUCGUCCUUGAUUGCAUGGCCCGAGGAGAACCGUCCGGGUGAUUCUUGACCCUGCAUUUCCCCUUUCCCCGCAAUACCAGACGGUCCGAAUGUGUGAUGGUGAGUGGAGCUAACAAGCACGUGCGGGGUCGUCUUGCAUGUCAGACAAGCCCCUCCGCCGCAGUCCUAUUUGUGACCGUUCUAGCGAGCGUCAUCUCUUCCCUUUUUUCGCCAUCGUAUCCUGGGUUGCCAUCAUGAAUUUUGUCGACAUUCAACCCACAUCGUUUCUCGAUUACGCGUGGACAUCGCCUGCUCAAGCUGGGGCGAAUGGGCCGAAAUCGGCGACAAGGACGAACAGAAAGCAGAAUCGUUGCUGCGACCAGUGUCGAAAAGGGAAGAGAGCAUGCGAUGCGUCCAUCCUAGAAGAUGCUUUGUUGAAUGGCAACGGAGAAACUCCUACCACAUUCCACUACAGCGAUGUGUUCGGGCCCCUUGCUCCCUGUGGCAACUGUGAGAAGACGAAGAAGACAUGUACAUUUGAAUGGCUUCGAUCGCAGCGAAUACUGCAGGCAACGACACCGCAACCAAACCCAACACCACCAGCUAAGAAACGGCGCACCGCGAGCAAGAGCUUGCAAGAUCGCAAAGAUGCAAUCGACCCGACCUGUGGUCAGCAAGCCCCACAGCUGUCCAUUGGUUCGGGUCUGGGUGAUGGAGCAAGUUACAUGCCGCAAUCUGAACCCAUCAACGUUGGGGUGACCUUCGCCGAUUUCCCUUGUGGCAUACAAUUCAGCGACAGUUUGACUUCUCAGUUUCAAUACGACUAUGCGCCGACCGAUUUCGUAUGGGAUGACUCGCCUCUGCUUGACUUAAUCCCUCCUUGUAACGUCCCAGAACAACCGCAUAAUGCUCUUCCGAUAGAGUGGGACUCGGGAAACGGCUCUUCCACCCACACCACUUCACCAGGGGACGCAAUUCCGAACAGCGAAGAGUCGAGUCCAAGCGUGGGUUCGUCCGACGAUUCGAAAUCACCGCACGAGGUCAUGCGCUUACCUCGCAAACGGAGACGGCGCGGUUCUUCCGCGACAAGCGCAAUCUCCCAUUCUUCGAUAGCUCUCACAAAUGACUUACUUUCGUCGGCAAACACGGCUUUUUUGGCAGACGGCCUGCUCAGAAUUUACCAUGAUAGCUUUGAGACCCAUCUAUCCUGCUGGUUGACUGAAAAGACAUGUCCGUACAGCAGAGACUGCGAUGUAUCUCUCCCGGGCAAUUGUGGCCCAGACUGGAAUCGUAUUUACCAUCGAGUGUUCAAAUUGGACCAAUCACCUUCGGUGCGAGGGAGAUUGUUGACUAUGCCGGAAGAUCGAGCUGCAUCCAGAGCUUUGAAUUUGGCAAUCUUCUCGUUUGCAUCCCAAUGGGCAGUACCAGACGCGAAAACAAGAGCAAGGUAUCCAUUCCAGAUUGAUGAGAGGACAGGCUGUAUCAGACAGCCUCACCGGACAUCCUCGUCUCAGACUGAAUUCAACCGUUCUCUUCAGCUCAAUGCAUGGCACCAAGCUCGCAAAGCAGUUCACGAAGCAUCGGAUAUUGAAUCCUUCCGAGUAGUGCUCGCGCAUAUCGUCUUCUCGUUGACACAAAAGCCAGAGGAUGAGUCGGAUCAUGUCAAAUUUUCACCGGGAAGCGAAACGACUGACCCAUUGUUGAAGGCAAAGACAGACGAAGAUGUAGACAUGAAAGCAUGCGAAGACCUUUUUUCCAAGCUGGACCUAACGAUGAACGAUGAUGGUCCUCCCCUGUAUCUUGAGCAGGGACUCAGACUUAUUCACUCGCUACGUUCGAGAAUGACAAUGGCGGGGGCAUUUGGAGGUCGUAGGAAGAAAAAACCACGAUGCUGGAAGCAUCUUCAAACGAGUGGACUCGAAGCGGCUGAUCGAGCGACUGUCGACGUGCUUUUCUGGCUUGGUAUAAUGUUCGACACGUUGUCUUCAGCGAUGCACAAGCGGCCUCUAGUAGUCGCACUCGAGGAUAGUGACUUGCCAGCAAUUAGGACCAUGGUUCGCGACGGUCAGUCCAGCCCAGGAGCACCGAUCCCUUCAGAUCCGAGAGCAGAAGACCUCUGGGAUGACUUGCUGUUCAGACGUCAACGUAUGCGAAAGCAACGUAUACAUGUGAGAUGGCCUUGCUCUGAAGACGAAGCUGCAUCGCUCUUGUGCGAAGCAGCCCCAAUCAAAGUUCUACUCUUCCGCAAAGUGACACGGAUCCAAACAUUACUAGCUCGUCAUGCUCAGAGCGACAAGAUCGAGACAGCCGUACACAGCGCGCUAGAAGUAUACGAGCAUUGGCAAAGAGCUUAUGCGCCUUUCCUUCGAGACUGCAUUGAGCACCACGAAGAGCUCUCCGAGAGAGUCCAGUCGUGGUACGUCUGUUUGGCCGGCCACUGGCAUCUAGCCACACUGCUGUUGGCAGACCUGAUAGAAACCAUGGACGAGACAGAGUCUGGCCUCGAAUCCAGACGCCGUGAUAGAGAUUCGUUGAAGUUCAUCGCCCGGUUCAGAGAAGACAACUGCCGCUCACUCUCAGAUAUUGCGAGAUGCGCAUGCUUGCAAGAAAACGGCAUCUUGUCACAAACAAAGAGUGGGCUUUUCUCUAUAGGACAAGGAGCGCUCCUGUCCGAACCCUGGUCUGACGUUCUCGUGCGCGCUUUUGCAAUAGCCGGCGCUGUGCUGAUAGAAUCUGCGAAAGCGCCGAACGUAGGUAACCUUGGCCAGGACGACGCGUUCAGACGGGCUGGGAACUGUGUCAAAGCUUUGAGCUUCCUUGGACAAAGGUCAGACAAAGCACUCUCAGCAGCGAACUUGCUUACCGAGGAGCUUGAGCUUGGGGUAGAAAGAGGCGAUAGUCUCUUUCCUAGCGCGGUGCCAGGCACAGUAGCAUGUGCUGGGUGAAGCGUCCACGAGAUGGUUGCAGUGUACCCAUGGUAGUCUGGAUCCCUUGAGAUUGCAGCGACAUGAUGUCAGAACGCCGCGAGCACGCCAGAUUAAAUUGCAGGAAGGAGUGAGGUUAAGCGAGCUUCCUGACGAGAACGUUGCGAAUGAUGGAUGUUGGGGCGAGACGCGGCGCGGAACAGGUCAUGUGAGGUCGCGUGUCCGUGUAAGGAGGAGAACCCGCGCUAGCAGGGGUUGGAGGGAGAACCGCGUGGCGGCUUCCCUAGUUCGCACCGAGCGACUUCCUCCUAUCUAUUAGCUUGUACUGUGUAUAAACAUUAUCCCGC